AUGAAGUUCAAGCCAAAAAAUCCAUCUUUCCUGACGUGGCUAAAUUUAAUGCGCAGCAAUAUGAUGCAUGUGCCACGUCAUUUGCUACAAUGUUUCCACAUAAUGCUUCUGAGAUCAUCAAAGGACACAAUAACGGCAACAACUUCCGUAACCCUAUCUCCAGCAACAUUUGCUGCAGCGACCAUUGCCAGCCCUAGGAGGAAGAGCAUGAAUGUGCAUUACAUAACGGGGCUGAAUUCUUUUGGUGGGUUAAAAGCUCACAACAGUGUGUCCUCAUUAGGCCUGCCUGUAUGCCCUGACCAGUCCUUUGCAAAGGUGGCAAGCUCUGUGAGAACCCCAUCAAAAAGGAAAGGCAGAGGUGGGGGUGCACUCUCUUCAAGUUGCAGCGUUGUUGCUGAGAUAUGCAGGAUUGCAGCAAUCAUGAAUGGGCUUUUUCUUGUUGGAGUUGCAGUGGGGUUAGUGGAAGCAUUUGUGGAGGAGUCUGAGUGA